AUGAUCAUCCAAUUCGUCAAUAUAUUAGAAGAGCAAUUGCAAAAGAUCAAUUUCAUCAAUUUUGAGAUUGACCUUUUCGUAAUUCUUCUUUAUAUGAUAAUUUGUACUCCCCUUGGAUUCGUGUUCCAUUACAUCAAGAGUCCAACCGGAAGACUGUAUUUCAACCUUUUCAUGGGGGUCUUCUUUUCCGUGAUUGUUUGCAAGGAGUGGUUUCCAUUGAUGUUGGGUUGGACAAUAGCAGUUUACUUUAUUGCAUAAAUCUUCAAAAAAUGCGCAUUACCGGUGUCCAUCGUUGCAUUUGCAAUUCUCUCCUUUGUGCACAUCUAUCGACUCAUCUAUCAGUACUUGAGUUGGAGAAUGGACUACAAUGCAAUUCAAAUGUUGUUGACAGCAAGAUACAUCUUCUAUGCUUGUGACAAAUAAGAUGGAAAAGUACAAGGGAAAACAUCCUUUAUGAUGUAUUUAUCAUACAUUUUCAUGUUCCCCAAUUUGGUUGUGGCACCAAUCCCCUACUAUGCAUUUGUUAGUCUCAUCGAAAGAAAGACUGACUAUACUCAUUAUAGUCCUAAAUUUGCAUUGAUCUCAUUCCUCAAGGCUUUGGCAGUGAGCAUGGCAGAAUUGCUUAUAAGACCUUAUUUUGAUACAGAUUGGUACUAUUCCGAGGAGUGGAGAAAUCAAUACAGCCUAUGGUUCAAAUUUGCAAUGACCUUCUUAAUCACUCCCUGUGCAAGAUUCACUUAUAUUGCUGCCUUCUACUUUACUUAAGCAGGAAUGGAUGCCAUGGGAUUGACCUAUAAUGAUAAGACAAAAAAAAAUGAUCUAUGGCUUGUUUUUGAUUACUCCUUUGAAUUAGAGAAGAAUGUCGUCAUCAAAACGUAGAAAUGGAAUUGCAAUAUCCAAAAUUGGUUGAAAUAUUGUUUCUAUGAUCGUCUUCAAAAGAGAUUUGGUAGUUUAACAUUCUACUUAGUCUUUAUGAUCAGCAGUCUUUGGCAUGGCUUUUAUCUAAGUUACUAUCUAUUCUUCAUCUUUUGGGCCAUCACAGGACAAGUGUACAAAUACUUUUACAAAGCUCAAAGAAGAUUUUACUUUAUCCCAUAAUCUGUUAGACAUUUCAUUGCUUGGGUCUUCGGCAUCUUGACAUUUGAUCAUUUCGCAACAGCCGUUCGUGUCUUAAAAUGGGAAAAGGCAAUAGAGUUGCAUAACAGUGUAUAUUGGAUCCCUCAUAUUGUAAUUUUGGUGAUUUUCUUAUUCUUCAAUAUCACUUAAUUUGGCUAGAAGGAUGGAAAACCAAAGGAUGGAAAGUCAAAGAAGUAGGAAUGA